CAAUACCGACAUCUCGAGCGCACGGCGCAGAAUGAAAGCGGAGCGAGUUCGUGUUAGUAAAUACAAGCAGAGUGAAGACGGAAUAAAAAGAGCGCUGACACAAAAAGCGGAAUAAAAGCAGCACUGACACACACAUUCAAGCACUGGCGGGCGGUUUUGCUGACUCCGCCGAUGGAUGAUGAGGAGGACGAACAGCUUCCUCGCUGCUGUGAAAUACCGCUAAGAAACAAGAGCUCAGAGAACAGAGACGGCCCACAAGGAGAGGUGGGACAAACGGCUAACAGACACGGACGCUUUGAAGACAGAUCGACGCAGACUGCCAGCUCUGUGCUGAAUUCAGUGAGAGACGGAGAUAUGGCACCAUUCCAGGGUUUGGAGAGAGAUGCAUCCUCUCCCUGCAGAGCUGUGGAUGCCAGGACUGCAUUUGGGGCUAACUGUGGAACUGGGGGCCUUGCGUCACUUACUAUGGGCCCCGGGGCCCCUGAAGGGCCAAGAGCACUUUUUCAUGGAAAUGCUGGAUUUCGUUCCCACUUCCCCGCACUAUUUGAACCCGUCCUGGAUGGCACACAAAACACAGACGAGGCGGAAGGGAGACCAGAAGAAAAGGAAGAUGAACGCGAUGCGGGGAUUAGCGUGGAGGUUCAGAUCGGACGUAAACUGCGUGAAAUGGGGGAUCAGUUUCAGCAGGAGCAUCUUCAGCUGUUCACUCAAAGGGGCCAGAUGGGUUUGUUCCAGCUUGUGACGGCACUCUACAACUUCCUUUUUCCUCAAGAAAGACCCCGAAAUGCAAGAGCCCAGAGAUGAGAGGCCACGGCGCACCUCUUCAGGACCCAAAUGAGUUUUACGCAGCACUGUAAGAUGCGCAGAUCUGGAUUUACAUGGCUCAAAAAGAAGGUUGCCGCUGGUCGGAGACUUUCCUCCUUUUUUUGAAGAAGCCAUUCUCUAAAUGGAGCGUUGGAGGAAAUUUUCUGCAGGUUGCAUAUCAGUAGGAAGAUUAUUCUGCCUUAUGUCUCCCCAACACGUUCACAUAUUGAGCGGAUCUCAGCGCCUUAAAACCCUCAGAAAAAGAAAGAACUGCUUCAAUAGGCAACAAGCUGUGAAAAUACUCAAGGUCAACAGCAUUCGAGUAUUUGUGCUGACUUCAAUACACCUUCUGAACUCCGACGCAUCCCAGAACAGUAUAUUCAUCUUUAACUGCUGGUGUAUCACAGCUUAUGCUUGAUUCACUGCUGUUAACAGUGUUAUUUUAACAGAGAUGAAGGACAGAAUGGAUCCGAUGAGAUGCGAUCCAGAGGCCAGUAACAUCAUAGAGGACCGACACAGAACUGAAAAAACUUUGUUCAAAUGCAGAAAAAACAACUUGAACAUCAGGUUUUAAUACCUGUAUAACAAUCAUGAGCCAUUUCUCAGAACACGGAGACAAAUAUGAAUUUUGUGAUUUUAAAAGGGUCAUUUUUUCUUAUUAAGGGAGAAUGCACCAUACAAUUAUUUACAACAAUUUUACCCUUCUGGAAUAUUAGUUUGCCUUAAUGAAUUCUAUUGUUCUGCUGUCAUAUAUCACAGGCUGACAUGAUUUCUCUCAGGCACUGAAGUAUUACUUGAGAUAUCAGUGUUUAUAGCAUCUCUUCAGUAAUUGGUGACAUUCAAAAUGUGCUCAAAGAGCAUACACCAAAUCAUAUUUUACAGUACAACUCAAGCGAUAAAUGCAAUCAGUAAUAUCUAAUCCAAUCUACAAGUUACCAUAUAAGAAUAUAUUAAAGUUCUAGCAAGAGAUGUGUUGGUAUAUAUAUAUUAUGUCAAUCAAGUUAUUGAAAAGCGUUUUUUACUACUGUAAAUGUCUUAAGAGGGAAAGUGUCUUCUGGAUAGCGUAAAUAUGCUUUAAUUAAAGGGUCAGUUAGCACAGAAAUUAAUAUUACGUAAUCUCUUACAAACCCUCAUGUCAUUCCGAGCAUUCAUGUGUUAUUUUCUUUCUUCCAUGUUAAAAAAAAAGUUUAGGUUUUCUUUAGGGUAGCGCCAUGUUUAAUUUUGGCGGGAACGAAAACGAAUCGUUGAGGGACAAACGGUGCAAAACUGCAUUGAGUUAGGACAUUUUACACAGUAGGCCUACAUGCCAUCCCUCAGACUCGUUUUCGGCUGCAUAAAAUUAUACAUGGCCAGGUUUGUAAACGAAGACAGAAUUCGCAAUUUUUUUUUUUUUACGUGAACUGUCCCUUUAAGAAUGAGGACGUUAAUGAACUCAGAUGUAGAUUUCUAUUGGAGCGUCCAGUGAGGUCACGUCACGUGACUGGCUAAUGACCUGUCGCCGAUAUGAAUAUUUAAGAGUUUGUAUAUGAUAUGCGACAAAGCGGGGUAAUUUAUUUUCCACAUAUAUAUUUGUAAACUCAUAUUGUAAAGUGAAAUUAAUAUAAAUACGAGAUUAACGAUUUAACUUAAUUUAUCGGAAAUAGAUAUCGUUCCAUGCUUUUCUGUGGUACAAUCUACUGAGGUGCCUGUACUUUUCGCGGUUUACAAUUUUACAUGGUUUGCUUGUGCAUUAUCGAUAGUUUAAUACACAUAAUAUCGUCGGUAUAGUGUUGUUAGAGACCAUGAAGACGGCGUGAGUAUAACGCAAGGCUGUCCGAGUCCGCAAAAUCCACAUCAUUCCUUGGCAAUUGUUACGAUUUCAGACCAUUUCCUCACAGACUUUCCACGGAGGUGAUGUUCCAGCGCUGUGAUGCGUUCUUGUCCUGUUGUUCUUCUGACAGGUGUGCCUCAAAUGCUUGUGUGUUGGUUAACGAUGACACUCGCAGACAAUCAAACAGCUGAAGGUGCCUUAGAACAGCAGGCCAACGAUGAUGAAGGCUUGGGCGUGGACUUAUAGAUCACACACGAACGAAUAAUACCUCCGGCUAAACAACAGGGAGCUCAAAACAGACUGUCAGAGAGAACCUGAAGUGAUGAUUUGCAGGAACAGGCCGCUGCUGCUGCUGCCUCAUUCAUCUGAAAUGCCCUUUCAAAUGCACUCGUCUCAGAAAGUCGUCAAAGGAGUAAAAAUGUUUUUACUUUGUUUCGAAUGUGUACGGGACGUUACUGCUGGUUCUUUUUUUAAUUUUGCUACUUAAAAUUACUAUACGGUUUGAUAAAUAUAUUAAAUGCUGUUAUAAAAUUGUGAAAUAAGAUGUCUUUUUUUACGUAUAUCAUAAAUGCUGUCAUAUAAAUGCUGACACUUUUUCUGCAAUGUUCACCGCAUUAAAAUAUUUAUGGAUACUCA